GAAGAGCAUCAUCUUUAGUCAGAUGAGUCUUGAUUCAAAUUCCAGUUCUUUUAUGUACCAGAUGUAUGACUUGGAAUAAGUUUUUUAGCUUCUCAGAAACGAAUUCCUUGAUCCGUCACACAGAGGGGAACAUUGACAAACUCACAAUUAGGGAAUUUGUAGGUCAGUGUAUGCCAAAGCCCUAGAACAGUGCCUGAUACAAAGAUAGCUCUCAGCAAAUGCUGUAGCAUCCUCAGUCCCCAUCCUCACCUCCACCUGUCUAAAAUCUCUGUAGACCUGGUGAUUACCUCUGAAAGAUCUCUUUUGUUUCCUGCAGUGACAGAGCCAAGUGGAACCAGGAGAUGGGGCUGGAUCCCACACUGCCUGCUCUCAACCAGACCUGGCUCAGCUCCGGGCCUGGGACCUUUGUCCUGCUGGGGGUACCGGGAAUGGAGGCCUUGCAUGCCUGGCUUUCUGUACCUGUGUGCCUACUGUACAUGGCAGCUCUGGUGGGGAACGCCCUUCUUCUGGGGCUGGUGGCAGCUGACCAAGCACUUCGGAGACCCAUGUACCAGCUACUGGGGCUUCUGGCAGCAGCUGACUUAGUUCUGGCUACAUCCACAGUGCCCAAAGCUCUGGCCGUGCUGUGGGGCCUGUCAGGCGAGAUCUCCUUCCAGGCCUGCCUUGCCCAGCUCUUUGUUGCCCACGUGGCCUUCAUUGCUGAGUCCUCCGUGCUGUUGGCCAUGGCCGUGGACCGCUACGUGGCCAUAUGCCAGCCUCUGCGCUAUGCGGCGCUGCUGACUCAGCGCGUGGUAGGCAUUGUGGCGGUAGCUGCUGUGACCCGUGGGGCCUGUGUCAUGGCGCCCCCGGUGGUGCUGCUCCGGAGACUGCCUUACUGUGGGCAGCGGGCCCUGCCCCACACCUACUGCGAGCACAUGGGCGUGGCUCGGCUGGCCUGUGGUGAUACGCGCCCCAACGUCUGGUACGGACUGGCCACCACGCUGCUCACUCCAGUCCUGGACCUAGGGCUCAUAGGUGCUUCCUACGCCCUCAUCCUCCGCGCGGUCUGUCACCUGCCCUCCCACGGCGCCCGGCGCAAGGCCCUGGGUACCUGCGGGGCCCACGCCAGUGUCAUCACCCUCUUCUACACACCCGCCCUCUUCUCCUUCCUGGCUCAUCGUUUCGGCCGCCACACGGUGCCCAGCCACGUCCAUAUCCUCCUGGCUAACCUCUAUGUGGUGGUGCCCCCUGCCCUCAAUCCCGUGGUCUACGGAGUGCGGACCCAGCAGAUCGCUCAGAGGGUCAGGCGCUUGUUUCGGCUCUGCUGGGCAGGACCAGUGAGGGAUGUGGGCCCUGCGAGGGCCUCCCCCAGGAACAAAUGAGCACCCUGUUUUCUGCAGCAUUUUCCCUCAGUUGGUCAAGCUGGCCUGCAGAUUCCAUCAAGGAAGAGCUCUAAGCAAGGCGUCUCCAUCAUCGGCCACUAGGUGGCGCUAGGCUCACCCCAGCCCUCUUCCCAUAAAGGGAGAGUGGGUGGUACUGAGGGCAAUUGAAUUGACCUCUCUCCCGGCCUGAGGCUUCUGCGCCAAGACUGUUCCUCCUCUUUCUAACCCUGUGGGGUCUCCAUAGAUGCAUGGCGCACAUUGGGCCUGGAUUGUGGCAGACAGGGAGGCCCAGGACUCAGGCUGCUCAUCAGGGUUUUGUCUUUUUUUUUAAUCACUGUCCAUCCAGAACCAGAUGAGUGAAAGAAAGGUGGCUCUGAACGGGGCCUGUGUCCAAGGUGUGACGCUGAGCCCGAACUCUGUGUUGCUGAAGGGAUGAAGACGCGGGAAGCUAGGGAAA